AUGUCGGUUCGAUAUCAAGCUGUCUUUGAAGCGGAUGCUUUAAGUUACAGUGAGAGUACAACAUCACAAAUGGAUAGUCAAAGUGUUCACGAUAAAUCACCGAUUAUUUAUUACAAAUCUGAAUCGAAUCACACUUGGAAAGAUCUCUUGCGAUUACCUAAUGAUCCAGGAAAGAGACGAUUAGCUAUCAUGUCAUUUUUACUAAUUAUCACUUUUCUUGCCGGUUUCUUUCUCUACUUGACACUUUCGGGUGCGCAAAUUUUCAAGCAAUUGAGUCAAGAGAAAGCGAACACAAAAUACGGCCUUCAAUUCAUCCCUGAUCUCCGGGUGCAUAAACAUGGUGUUUUCUAUUAUUCGACUUCAAAAGGUUCCGCAUAUGAAGAGAUCAAGAAUAAAUAUGUGAAUGAGAUCGAUAAAUUCUUGGAUACUUAUUGGAAAGAUCAAUUGAGUCGACAGAAGUAUUCGACUGAUUGUUCAAAACACGGAAAGAUCGAUAACAAAUGGUGUCGGUUCUCACAAACAACAAGUUUCAAGAAUUUCAACAAAGAGUGCACAAACCAAGACAAUUACGGAUUCGAUUCUGGGGAACCGUGUCUCUUGUUUGCUUUUAAAGAUGAAAUAGCUUGGACACCAGAAUGGUCAAAGAAGGGCGAACCGAAACAACUUCCAUUGAAAUGUGAAAUUAAAACAAUGUUCGAUACGUAUACGAUCAAUGCUACAUAUUUUCCGCCUUUAGAAGCUAGAGAUGGUUAUGGAGGAUUCACAAUGAAUAAGAUUCCUUCACUUCCAAUCAAGGGCUCUCAUGGAUUCGUUGUUGAUGAUGAUGGGGAGAUUAUUUACGAUUUACCAGCUUUGAUCUUUGUGAAGCUGCGGAAAAUGGAGCACAAAAUCAAAUUGAAGUACGUGUGCUCAAUCAAGGACUCGGUCAAAGACUACGAGUUUUCCAAUUUACGCGAUUUCGUCGGCGUUCGCGAAUUUGCUUUCACCAUUCAAACAUUUGACGAUCUU